AGCACACACAUAAUAAUAAUAAAAUCAUGUGUUUGUAAUUCUACGCUCCAUUAGUGUCGCCGUUUCGUGUUGUUGCGGGAGUCGAUUAACUUUUACUGUUUGUGAUGAGUGUUCGCUGCUCUGCUGCUCAGACUCUGACUCCGGAUUUUCAGUCGUUACUCAACCGGGAGUAGCAGGCAAGGCAGUAGAGCGAAAAUCAGAGACAAAUGGUUUCAGUUGUAAAUUGACAUCACUCGGAGCUGUUCGCCGAAGUGAACCGUAAGAGGCUCUUCUUCUCGGUCAGGAUUUCGGGUUUUCUAAGGCGCGAAGAGAAAGAAGAGUUCGAGCUCAGUUUGUUCCCUGUCAUUAAUAGUCGAUAAAUUGACGUUGAGUGCUUGCUGGAGGUUGGUGCAAUCGAACAACAGGACCGCCUCGAAAUAUUACAGAUAUAUGUUGUAUAUCCUACUGUUGCAGCCAGCAGUUAUCGCAUGGACAGAUACUGAUAGUGUGUGCCCCAGCUUUGUAUCAAAUCUACGUCCGGACUCAAAGUGAAAUUGCUGCCACAGCGGAUUAGUCAAUCCAGCGGAACCGAACUGCAAAGGAACAGCGAACAAACUUUGAUGUGUUACGCGCAGCAAAUACUGGCCCAGCAGCGUCUUCAACUGUAGCGAACAAUAGGUGACCAAACACUUUUGCCCACACAGCAGCAGCAGCAGCAGCCGUGGCAUCCGUCAGACGCAAUGACCCAGGCUGAAGAGGUGCGCGAGGUGAACCAGGUGUGCAUUACCAACACGCCCGAUCUGCACUCCCAGGCAGCGCAAGGCGAUCGUAAAUCGUCCCCACAUCCACAUCCUCCACCACCACCGCCUCCGCCACCACCGGCACCACCAGCGUCCACCACUUUCGGAUCAAAUCUAGACCUUUGGCACAGUACAAAUCUGAACGUGCUCAGUUCCUGUUUCUCCAACAACAAAUGGCAUCCCCACGUGUACGCCAAUCCUCCCAAGCAACCCACCCCGCACUCCAUCAUGGACAUUCUCGGAUGGAAGAACCCUAUGACAAGGACGUCUUCACCGAGCGUUGAGUCCAACAAUCAUUUGGUGCCAUAUCUGAUGCAUAGUCUUAACGUCACAAAGGAGGACAACGAUGAUCAGCCACUAGAUCUGUGCAUUUCCAAGCCUGCAUCGCAGUAUGAAGAAGAAAUCACGCAAGAAUCGGUUCGCUCCAUUAGUCGGGAGCGGGCGCACUCGACGGACGUGGAAUCGGAUAUCUACGGUUCGAAUGAGUCCCAGCACUCGUUGAAGGACCUCUCCUCGUCAUCGAGUACCCAGAAGCUGGCCGGUCUCAGUACGAGUUUGAAGAAAACCAGCCGCUCGGAAGUGGCACUCGAUCCGGCGGAAGACGCAGACGACUCGCAACUGGACGAAAGCAGUCGGCGGAAAAAGAAGGCCAGAACCACAUUCACCGGGCGACAGAUAUUCGAGCUGGAGAAGCAGUUCGAAGUCAAGAAGUAUCUGUCCUCGAGCGAGCGGACAGAAAUGGCGAAGCUGUUGAACGUAACGGAAACACAGGUAAAAAUCUGGUUCCAAAACCGCCGCACCAAGUGGAAAAAGCAGGACGGUGAAUCCGGCUCCAGUGGUGGUGCCACCGGCAACCCGCAACAGCAAACCAAGGAGUCCAAAAAUCCCAAAACGCCUUCCACCUCCCCACCAACAGCUCUGUCCUCUGGCGCAUUUCCGACCGGUUCGUUUGCGACAUCCCCCCCGAUCCCUGCCAUCCCAACACUCGAUGAUAAAGCUAACCAUCCUAUCAAGCCGACUCCGAAACAUUUCAGUAAGCACUCCAAGAUGCGUCAACAUCGGACCAGCAAGUCCGAUAACAAACCGCUCCUCGAUAAUCAACCGACGAAAGAGCCGCUCAAUUCGUUCAAAGAGCACAAGAAAUUCCCCCACCUUCUCGAUCCUAGUCUGUCCAGUGAUGUCGAAUCGCGCAUCUCGGCAUCGAAAAUUUCCCUCGAUGCUAUCUGCAGUGCCACCAACUUCCUUAUGAACUCUUCCCCUCCGCCUAGCAGCUCCUCGUCACCACACAAUGCAACAACCCUCAAUCCUCCACCCAGUGACAGUUUUUUCUGCCAGACCACAAUGGAAGAUAUAUGCGACUAGUUGUAGAAAACGGUGAAAUCUCGGCCUCUUCUGUCCCGCAGAACGAUGUUGGUAUGUGUGUGCGUGUACGUGUCCUCCAAUGACCUAGGUUUUAUCUAGUAACAAAAGUCAUUACAGUAAUAAUAAAGCGAUGGCCGCUAACGAACGAUGUGAGAUUUAGAAAAAAAAAAACAAUAAAACAAGUAACAAACAGCUCUUCUGGAAAUCUUACAAUUGUCUUGGUUUUUAUUUUGCAAAUAAACCCAUUCAUCAGUAA